UCCAAUUCCCCACCCACCCUCCACCCCAUCCACCGGCGGCGGCGGCGACCGCCACUGUCCUCCCCGCCCUUAGUUGCCUAACCCAAGUCCCUCCGGAUGCUCUAGAUGAAGGAGAUCAAAUCCAUUCUGCAGUUGGAUCCGAAGAAGGAAGGGGCAGGUGCCAAUUUCGUUCUGUAGUCGGAUUCGAAGAAGGAAGGGAUCGAUUUCGGUUUGUGUAUGAGCAAAAGGAGCUACUUUUAUAUAUGUCUGCCUCUUGUGAAAUAACAGUGAAUCAGUCGGUUUCCGAAUUCUACACUAGCUUCAAUAAGAUUAGAAAACCUCCUCCGUCUCUGUCUCCUCUUCUAGGAGGAGGAUCGGAGGAGGCUAUAAUAAGCUCAGCUCGGGCGUCGUCGAUCGUCGGACACGAAAGGAGCAUAAUUUCAAGAAUAUAAGAUUUCUUGCGUUUUGUUUGUUUAUCGACGCAAGUUCGCCGACGUUGUCCUGUUUUUUGGAUCUGGUUACCAUGAAGUUCAAUAGGGGUCGCCGCCGCCGUGAUUCCAAGAAAGCAGCUGGCAAUGAUGACAUGCUAGGCAAGCUGCCCAACGAUGACAUGCUAAGCAAGCUGCCCAAUGACGUGCUGCUCAACAUCCUCGAGAGGGUGGGCACGCUUGAUGCUGUCAAAACCUGCAUCCUCUCGAAGCAAAUGCAGAAGCUGCCCGGCAUGCUCUCCCAGAUUGUCAUCGAUCUCAGCCCUCGCGAUUUGGUGCGAAUGAACGGCGUUGUGGCCAACGUGACGGCAAACAUCCUUAGUAAAAGGUCUCCCCAGAUCACCGUUCGCAAGCUGAAGGUCAAAUUCUUCUUGAGUCCUCGCGGUCUCCCCAUCGGCAAAGCUGUUGCGCUCGCUAUGGCGACUCAGAAACUAGAUGCUGCCGAGUUUGAAAUCUUGACACUGAGGGAUUCAUUUAAUUGCACAGGGGAACAUUUCCUGCUCUUCGCUAAGCAGUUCAAUGAUUUUCUAAAAGAUUGUCCAGAUGCAUUUGCUGGUCUCACACGGCUGCAACUGCAGAAUAUGAGGUUUGGUGAAUCGGACAUACCCAAUAUUCUUAGCACCUGCAAGCGGCUCCAGUCCCUGUCUUUCUUUGAGUGUGAUGCGGGGGUCCGUUCCGUGCUGCAUGUACAACACGCUCAACUUGUUGAGCUUGUUAUCACCUAUGGGGAGUUUAAAACAGUGGUGCUUGACUUUCUACCAAAGCUCCAGCAAAUGACCUAUAAUAAUUGGCCUUGUGAUGAAAAUCCCUUGGUUCUUGGCACUGUCCCUCAGCUUUGGAAGCUCAGUCUUGCUAAUGCAAAUAUUUCAGGCAAGACCCUCAACCUAAGCAAGCUGCUUGCUAAUGCCCCCACUGUAAGCCAUCUGUAUCUGGAGUUUCGAAGUGAAAAGAUUUGGGUUCAACCAGAACGCUCAAAAGUGCUUGCUCCUGUGCUCGCCAAACUGCGGCUUGUGGAUUUGGACAAUCUUCCUGAAGAAUGUGAUGUUGCUUGGACAAUGUUCCUUCUUGAAGCUGCACCAUACCUAGAGGAGCUUUCCAUCACAGUAUGGGAUCAUAAGUGCCAAAAGGAGUCACAAAAGAGUCACAUGAAAACGGAUGUGAAGUGGGAACCAUCUGAUCCUCAUUUUAAGCAGAAGAAUCUGGCGAGGCUAACUAUCUACGGCUUCCAGUCCGAUGACAAUUUCAUCGGAUACAUUAGACGCGUCAUUCAAGCUGCUGCGAACAUCAGGGAGGUAUCCCUGCACGACAGGAAGGUGUGCCCAUUUUGUUUCGAAAAGUUCCCUCACGCGGCUGUUCGUCCUUCGAGUUAUCCACGGACCAGUGAGGAGGUGGAUUUGUUGAGGAAGAAGAUGACAACAGCGUCGGCGACGGCUUCUCCUGAUAUUCACUUCCGCUCAUGAGGUCGAGUUGAAGAUGAAUCUCGUUGGAAGGACUCCCCAAUCUCAAAGACUAUGUCAAUGCUAUCGUUUUUCUGCAAAAAUGUUUCACCGCUACCAAUUUGUUGGAACAACUCAUUUAGCUAUUUUGGCCAAUGAAAUGGCUAAAAUAAGCACAUCUAUGUUGUGACAUUGCUGUACGUGCUCGUGCUUAUGUUGAAUUCAGUGAAUAUUCAGUACUAUGAA